AAGUCACUGAAAAUAAUUCCAUGACUGAGGCUUACUGAUUGCUAUCUUAUCAUGCUUUUUCUUCCUUUUCCUCUUGUUUCUAUCAUCGUCUUCUAGCUGAAGGCAUACUUUUAUGCUGUGUUGCAAACAUACAGGUAGACUGACAUGUAAGUGUUUUAAAUACAAACCAUAUUAAAUAAGCUAAUACAAUGAUCUUCUUUUGCCCUGUCUCUUUUUAUGUGUAUGGACUACAAAUGCAACCAGAAUGUGCAGAGCAAGAAUCUGAAGAGAAGGGUGUCAAAAAUGCAACUAAUCAAAGGCAGUUUAAAGACAGCUUGAACGAGUAUAGCACUGGAGACGUGUUCCGAAGCGUGCAAAAGGAUGUUAAAACUGAAGAGAAAGCCAUCAUCCCUGUGUCCAGAGCAGAUGAGCAGAAUGAACAAAAAUCAGAUGGUGACCACAAAUCUGUAACCAGCUCAUUAAAUCAAAGGGCAGAAGAAAGGAGGGGCUUUGUAAGAAUGACAAAAAAGAUUCUGCAAGACAUCUGUAAACAGCACAAAUUAUAUGUGACUCCAUACUUAAAUGAUAUACUUUACUUGCAUUAUAAAGGAUUUGACCGCCUGGAGAACCUUGAAGAGUAUACUGGGUUGAAGUGCUUAUGGCUGGAAUGCAACGCCUUAACAAAAAUUGAGAAUUUGGAGGCUCUGACAGAAUUGCGUUGCCUCUACCUGCAAGUCAAUUUAAUUAACAAAAUUGAAAACCUUGAACCCUUACAAAAGCUGGUUUCCCUCAAUAUCAGUAACAACUACAUUAGGACGAUUGAGAAUCUCUCUUGUCUGAAAGGCCUGCAGACUCUGCAGAUUGCUCACAACAAGUUACAAAUGGUAGAAGACGUGCAGCACUUGCAAGAAUGCCCAAGUAUUUCUGUUCUCGAUCUUUCCUACAACAAUUUAAGUGAUCCAAAUAUUACAACAAUUCUGGAGACCAUGCCUAACUUGCAUGUGCUGUAUUUGAUGGGAAACCAAGUGAUAAGGAAAAUUGCUAAUUAUAGAAAAACACUUACUGUUCAACUAAAAGAACUAACGUUUCUGGAUGACAGACCAGUUUUCCCAAAGGAUAGAGCUUGUGCUGAAGCCUGGGCUGCUGGAGGGCUAGAAGCUGAGAAAGCAGAAAGGAAAAAAUGGGAAACCAGAGAGAGAAAAAAAAUCCAAGAUAGCAUUGAUGCUUUAGUAGCCAUCAGGCAAAAAGCAGAGGACGAGAAAAGGCAAAAGUAUAUGGAAGAAAGAGGUGCAAGUGCAAAAUGUGGAAAUGGAGAUGCGACAGACAUCCUAGAAGAUCUACCAAGAGAGAAGGCAGCUACUGAAAAAGCUAUGGUUCUCCAACUGGAUGAAUAUGCUGAAAUGGAACAGAUCAAACUGGAGACGCCAAAAAAACUUUAUCUUGAAGAACUGCCCGAUUUGGAAGAUAUAGAUGUAAAUGAAUCUCCUCCAGAGGAAGCCUUUGUUCAAAAGCAGGAGUAUCGCAGAAAGAUUGAAAUAAUUUCUGAAAUAACAAAUGACAGUGAUUCUGCAUUAGAGGAAAGCAAUAGAAGCACGUGUGAGAAUUCAGUUGGAGAAGUCGUCCCAACAGCAGUUUUUUCAAAUGCAUGCAAAAUACAUAAAGAGCACGAAAAGGAGCACUUAAGACCCCUUGUUGAAAGCCUCUUUACAGAGCCUGCUAAUCCAGAAAGAUAUCUGGAGAGCAAAGAUAAAGAAGCAAUCCCCUCAAAACUCUUGAUACAAGAGGUUAUCACAGAGCCCAAGAACAAUCUACUAUUGUCACCAGUCUGUAAUCAACCAGAUGACCCAAGCUCGUGGGAAGAGGAUGGUAAGAUUACAACGACCAAUGAGUUUCAUUUGCCUUUUGCCUUUAUGCUUUUAGCAGGAAAUAGCAGUGGUGGAGAAAUACAGUGCCUGGCUGAUGGUGAAGGAUGUCCUCACAAAGCACCAGAUGAUGGGGGUGGUGAGAAUGGAUUAGAUGGAUCACUUUGAAGAAAAACGGACCAAACCUGGAGCGCAGUACCUGGCUGACUGCGUGCGGUUAUUCUCAAAAUGGAGAGACUAGCAGUGGAACAGUUGGUUAAAGCCAAUGUAACUACUACUGUGAUAGAGACACACACACACACAUACCCUUCAACAGGAGGACUUAGUGUUCCAGUCAGUCAGAGGCUGCUGCGGCCUCCAAUGUCUGACAUUCAAGGGCAGAACUUUAGGUUGUGUCAGUAUGAUAAAAGUCCAUAAUCCACAAUCCUGUGCUCCCGCUGUCAAAGCUGCUGUAGAUCCCUCGACUCCAGGCUCUUCAGGGCAGGUGGCGAGGUUCAGUACUUUGAAAGUGGGGGCUCUGCUGUUUUAAGGUUGAAUUCCAGUUGUCUUUUUUUUUUUUUUUCCCCUUGCCUCUUUCUAGAAAUUACUUAGUUAAAUGUUUAUAUCUUAGGGUUUUGUUGCGUAUGUAGUUCCAACUUGCAUCGAUGCAGUUUUCUGUCAUUUGAACUAAAUAAAUAUUCUACCUGUAACCCUACACACUUUAACUUUUAUCAUCACCUUACCAGUGUAUGUCAUGCACUGACAUGGACUUCAAGGACAAGUGGAGAUUGCUUCUUGAUGCAAGAUUUUACAGAUAAUGUUCAUAGCCAUUGCGAUUG